AUGACUACAACUGAUUACAAUGUCUCGACGAUUACCACUGAUUACAAUGUCUCCACGACUGGAACUGGUAACAAUGCCUCCACGACUACAACUGAUUUCAAUGUCUCCACGACUCCCACUAAUGACAAUGUCUCCACGACUACAACUGAUAACAAUGUCUCUUCGACUAAAACUGAUGACAAUGUCUUCACGACUACAACUGAUGACAAUGUCACCACGACUACCACUGAUGACAAUGUAUCCACGACUACCACUAAUGACAAUGUAACCACGACUACCACUGAUGGCAAUGUAACCACGACUACAACCGAUAACAAUGUCUCCACGAUUACAACUGAUGACAAUGUCUCCACGACUACAACUGAUGACAACUUCUUCACGACUACAACUGAUGACAACGUCUCUACGACUACAACUGAUGACAAUGUCGCCACGACUACAACUGAUGACAAUGUCGCAACGACUACAACUGAUGACAAUGUCUCCAGGACUACCACUGAUGACAAUGUCUCAACGAUUACCACUGCUGACAAUGUCUCCACGACUACUACUAAUGACAAUGUCUUCACGACUACAACAGAUGACAUUGUCUCCACGACUACCACUGAUGACAAUGUCUCUACGACUAAAACUGAUGACAAUGUCUCCACGACUACCACUGAUGACAACGUCUCUACGACUACAACUGAUGACAAUGUCGCCACGACUACAACUGAUGACAAAGUAUCCACGACUACAACUGAUAAUAAUAUCACCACGACUACAACUGAUGACCAUGUCUCUACGACUACAACUGAUGACAAUGUCUCCACAACUACAGCUGAUGACAAUGUCUCCACGAUUACCACUGAUGACAAUGUCUCCGCGAUUACCACUGAUGACAAUGUCUCCACGACUCCCACUAAUGACAAUGUCUCCACGACUACAACUGAUGACAAUCUCUACACGACUACAACCGAUGACAAUGUCUCCACGACUACCACUGAUAAAAAUAUCUCCAAGACUACCACUGAUAACAAUAUCUCCACGACUACAACUGAUAACAAUGUCUCCACGAUUACCACUGAUAACAAUAUAUCCACGACUACAACUGAUGACAAUGUCACCACGACUACAACUGAUGACAAUGUCUCCACGACUAUAACUGAUGACAAUAUAUCCACGACUACCACUGAUAACAAAGUAUCUACAACUACCACUGAUGACAAUAUCUUCACGACUACAACUGAUUACAAUGUCUUCACGACUAAAACUGAUGACAAUGUUUUCACGACUACCACUGAUGACAGAGUAUCUACAACUACCAUUGAUGACAAUGUCUCCACGACUACCACUAAUGAACACGUCUCUACGACUACAACUGAUGACAAUGUCGCCACGACUACAACUGAUGACAAAGUAUCCAGAGCUACAAAUGAUGACAAUGUUCCCCCGACUACCACUGAUGACAAUGUAUCCACGACUACCACUGAUGACAAUGUAACCACGACUACAACCGAUAACAAUGUCUCCACGAUUACAACUGUUGACAAUGUCUCCACGACUACAACUGAUGACAACUUCUUCACGACUACAACUGAUGACAACGUCUCUACGACUACAACUGAUGACAAUGUCGCCACGACUACAACUGAUGACAAUGUCACCAGGACUCCCACUGAUGACAAUGUCUCAACGAUUACCACUGCUGACAAUGUUUCCACGGCUUCUACUAAUGACAAUGUCUUCACGACUACAACAGAUGACAAUGUCUCCACGACUACCACUGAUGACAAUGUCUCUACGACUAAAACUGAUGACAAUGUCUCUACGACUACCACUGAUGACAACGUCUCUAUGACUACAACUGAUGACAAUGUCGCCACGACUACAACUGAUGACAAAGUAUCCACGACUACAACUGAUAAUUAUAUCACCACGACUACAACUGAUGACCAUGUCUCUACGACUACAACUGAUGACAAUGUCUCCACAACUAAAACUGAUGACAAUAUCUUCACGACUACAACUGAACAUGUCUCACACGAUAAACUGAUACAAUGUUUCAGCUUAAAGUACUGUUGUACCACUGAUACAAAGUAUCUACAACUACCAUUGAUGACAAGUAUCCACGACUAA